UAAAGGUAACAUCCUAAGGUGUUUUUCUUUCCAUGUACUGUAUGACAAAAGACCCCAUAUCCAUAUAUUAUGCAUGGCUGUCCAACGAUCUGCACGUGAGACUUUUGGAUUCAGAGAGGACUGCAGGUUCAAUACACUGCAUUCUAGUUAUACAGGCUACAUUCCACAGCGAAUUUACCAGACUGGGUGUACUUAUGCAAAGGAGACUUCAGAAUGCAUGGAGACCUUUUGUGAUACAACUCAGAAAGCACUAAAGGACAAGGCAAACUUUGAACUGAUGAUCGUGUCUGCUCCCAGGCUAAAGCCCAUUCGGUCCGACCAAGAAGUUACACUAGCAUUGGAAGAAUAUUGCCAAAGGCAGGCAGCCGCUUCACAUCAGAUAGGAUCCAAGAGAAGCUUGCUGGAACCUCCCAAGAUUGGUUGGACUGGGUACGUGCCAAAAGCCAAGGUCACUGACUUGGGUUUGGGAGUGCGGUACCAUGUGAUGAGUGGACACUGCUUUGAAGCAUUCAAAAACUCCAUCACGAAGGAGCCACAGCCUUCCUCAAGGCAGACACACAAAGAUGACUCUCAUGGUAUCCCUUCUGCAGACAUUUCAGGAUCACGAUUGUACAGGCCAGAAGGGAUGGUGCCAAAGUACACUGGAUACAUACCACGACCUGUUUUCCAAAUGUGUGAGGUGCAGAUGAGCAUAAUACAUGCUAGAAGUGACUGGGCUUCCACAGUAGAUAAGCGAUUUAUCAAUGGACUGACCUAUGGAAACAUGUGUCGGAGGAAUUCGGUUUGCAAUCACCUUGAAAAUUCCUACGGAAUGCAUUCUGCCAAAAAGCAAGCUUUCCAGUCAGUGUCUCAAUAGCAUGACAUGGAGAAAGAGGAAUCAAAAUGAGGAAGAUCCUGAAGUUUGGGACACAGUGCAUCUCACUGUGGGGGUAUUCUUCUUUUCCACUCUGGAAUAUCAAACGGCCUAAAUGCCUAAACACAUACCGGCAGCCAGCAACUUCAUUCUCCAAUUCAGAUAAAAUCUUGUGCAAAACAAUUAUUGUAAACACAUCUGUCCAUACUUUUUAACUAGACAUAACAGUUCUUUAGAUAUCUGUUUUCAUCCCAACUUUCUAUUUCUUCAAAGCAAGUACAGUACCUCAUGAGUAUGAAGUGACACAAAGUGUGACAGCACACACACAUGGUAAGAACAUGUGUUCUUGUGAAUUGGAACAUGCAAAUGUGAACAUAUUAAAGGCAAACAGGCAUGGUCAUUUUCAUGCAAUGAUGAGAGUGUCUUGAGUAUCACAAUAAACUCUGUCAGCAACUUCCAUGUUUCCAUGAGGGGAACUGCAUUUCCAUGAAAGCUGCUGAAAGAAAUAUUUGCAAUGUCAAGUCACUGGGAUUUAGGGUCCAUUAACUAAGGUUUAUGGUCCACCCUCACUAGACCCAAGUAGCUAUAUCAAGUGACAGUGAGCAACCAUAAUUGACCCAGACUCAA